GUGUUUUUUCUCCUCGUUGAUCAGAAUUCACUCUACCUCUGGAGCUUGCACUCCCCCCUCCGUCUCCGCAUCGUCUGUUUACUGUAAUUAUAGCUUUAAUUUACUGUUUGCAAACAAGUUGGACCCCGCUAUGCUGUUCUCUCCUGUUCGUUCGGUCAACAAAUACUGUAGAUCCAUCCAAAUGGAAUAAGUGGAUGUUUUACACGCGUGUUUACUGGAUUACUACACACAGAGCACACGGAACCCGUGCCGCUGCUGAGAUGUGGAGAAGUGAUGACAGUCAGCUGUAGGCUCUGGAAUGGACAGCUGUGAGGGAGGAGGGGGUGGAGGGAGAGGGGAAGGCGAGGAGGGAAAGACGGCCUCUCCUCCCCUGAGCCCGGCGGCGAGUCUUGACGUGGGGUGGUCCUCUCGUACCUCAGCCUCGGUCCCUGCCAAAGAGCCCCUGACCCGGCCUGAGCCGGAGCCAGAGCUGGGGGGCGCAGAGGGGUCCGAGGCCAGAGAGGAGACCCAGGGAGGAGAGCUGACCGAGGGAGGUGGACACAAACGAGGGGGUGGACAGAGCCCGGAUGAGGAGGAGAAAGAGACGGAUAAGGAGGAAGUGUUUGCAGAUGAGGGAGAGGAGGCGGUGUGUGUAGAGCCCCGUGGCAGCAGAGACGGAGGGGAAGACGAGGAGAAGCAAGAGGAGGCCAUCUCAAACCAAAGCCAAACCAAAUCCAAAUGUUCUUUAUUACCUCAACAGAGCCAGCACAGCUCUUCCUCCAGCACUGUAAUGGCCAACGGUACACACUACAGCAAAAUACCGACUUCUCCAAAGCCCCGCCCUUCUCUUUUUAUCGCUCCAGAGCUCUCCCCCUCUCCCUCCACCUCUCCAAAGCUCUCCCCCUCUCCCUCCACCUCUCCAAAGCACUUCACGUAUACUUCCUCCUCCCCGUCCCCGCUGAGCCAGGCAGAGUUGAGAGACGCUCUGAGGGGAGAUCAGGGCUAUACUCCAGGGUUUCCUCAGAGCUUUAAAUCCCAGCAGUCUGCCCUCGCUUUCCCCCUCAUGGUUCCUGAGUCUACCAGUAUGUAUGCUGAGGAAGGCGGGGCGGCAGGUGUUACUCAGACUUCCAUUGCCAAUGGAGACGGUGCCAAAGCUCCAGAACCAAACGACAGCCCGGGUGAGAGCGAAGUCGACGAGGAGAGAAACAAAGAAAGGGAAGACGCUGUCCUUCAAAACCUCCAGCAAGACCUUUCUCCCAAUUCACUCAGCAGCCACAUGACGUUGAUGCACUCCCGCAACUCCUGCAAGACGCUCAAGUGCCCCAAAUGCAACUGGCACUACAAAUCCCAGCAGACCUUGCAGGCCCACAUGAAGGAGAAACACCCCGAGACGGAGGGGCAGUGCAUGUGUGGCGGGCCCGAGGGAAAGUGUGUGUGUGGCGGGAACAGGGACGUGUGUUUGUUUUGUAGCAGUGGGCAGUCCCAUCCUCGCCUAGCCCGAGGGGAGACGUACGCCUGCGGGUACAAGCCCUUCCGCUGUGAGGUAUGUGACUACGCUACCUCAUCUAAAGGCAACCUCAGCAUCCACAUGCAGUCAGACAAGCACCUCAAUAAUGUUCAAGCGGGAGGACACACCAAUGGUCACACGCUCACACAGGCGGAACAGACGCCGCACAACUGUGGCCCGUCCAACGGUUACACAGCCGAAGAGCAGGCGUUCAAACACACGCACCACACUGUGAUGCCGCCUGCCAAGCACACAACACCUGCACCCACGCACUCUGUGGGCAAGAGGUGGCGGUGUGACGUGUGUGACUACGAGACCAGCAUUGCCCGGAACCUGCGCAUACACACCACUAGCGAGAAACACACACACAACAUGAUGCGUCUCCAGAGAGGCUACUACUUGUCCCACUGCAGGAGUCUGACUCCCCAGCUAACCCAGCUCAAACACCUAAAUGGCACAGGUGGAGAGCUCUCGCUGACCAUGCGGCUGAGCAGUCAACAAGUACCAGAACUUCCGGCCACCCUAGGAUCCACCCUCACCCCCUCUCCGUCCCCCUCCCCUCCUCCUCCCCCGUCCCUCUCCCCCACCCCAGCCCUCUCCCAAGCCGUGUUCCAGUGCCUGGUGUGCUUCUGCUUCUCUUCUGACCGCAUGGAGGCGGUGGAGCAGCACCUGAGCGCCCCUCGCUCUCUGCCCCAGUCUGAGUGGUGCUCCCUAGUGGCUGGAGGCUGCCACUGCAGGCUGUGUGGCUACACCACCCCUCUCAGGGCUAACUUCAGCCUGCACUGCCAGACAGACAGACACCGCAGCAGGUACCAGCUAGCUGCUCACAUCCGAGAGGGCGGAGCCACCAGCCAGGAGGAGGCCAACCUGGUUGCCAAGGGAAACCCCGUCCAGCUGAGGUGUAACCUGUGUGACCAUGUGACUAAUAGCGUGGAAAAACUCCGGGCGCAUUGCCUCGGCUCCCACCAUGAGGCCAGUCAGCGAGUAUACAAGUUUCUGCAGAAGUAUGACAGUGCUGUAGAGGAAGGCUCCUGGCUCCUCCACUGUCUGCCCUGUAACUUCUCCUCCCCCUCCAAGCUCCAUCUGACCAGACACACCCACUCUGCCGCUCACCAGCAGAAGGAGGGGCUCCUGGGGCGGCCGCCCCCCACGGAGGGAGGUCUGAUGGAAGGGGAGGAGCUGGCGGCCAUCUUUACCAUAAGAAAGUGUUCUACACCUGAUGCAGGAGAUUUUAAUGAUCUGGAAGAUUCCAGUGAGGACUCCAACUGUCUAUCCGACAAAACCAAAGACACGGACACCUGGGGGGAGAGACGGGCCACUAAAGAGACAGAUGAUACCAGUGGAGAGGAUGGGGAGAGGAGAGACUCGAGGCCCCCAGCUAAGCGUCCGUCCCCUGGGUUGGAAGAGAUGGAGAGCCCCCUUCUAUCGAAGCGCCCCCGAACACACCAGCACACUGCCCACCAGCAGCUUGUCCAGUGUCCUCUGUGCCAGGUCAAGUUGGCACACACACACUUGAGACACCACCUCACACACCUCCACAGUGUGGCCCAGGACUGCGUGGAUAAGCUCAUCAGCACGGUGUUACCAUCGUCUGAGCAGCCAGAGGGUCCCUUCCUCCCAGAACCGGAUCCGCAACAACAGAACCCUCAGAACGCCCCCAGCACCAAGGACUCUUCCCUACAAAAGAAUGGCACGUUAAUGGAGGAUCCUGAACGAGACUCGACCACACCUAAACAUGUGCCGGCCCUCCUCACCCCCCCGCUCGAGGAACAGCUCUCAGCCGAACCUGACACCCCCAACAGCCACGCUCAGUCCCUCAGCACUCUCCUCCCCCACUCGCCCCCCUCCCCGCCCGGCGACCUCGCCCUGUCCGAUCGCCACGGCUACAAGUUCCGUUGCAGCAAGUGCAGCCUGGCGUUCCCCACCCGGGAGAAGCUCCAGGUGCACUGGCAGUACCACGCCAUGAGGGCGGCGACAGAGUGCCCCCUCUGCUCCAGGCAGUGCCGCAGCCAAGAAGCCCUUCAGAGGCACCUGAACAACACACACACCCCACAGGAGGCGGCCCUCGGGCAGAACGCCCUCCUGGAGAGAGGCCAGGAAGACCAGGGGAAGAGUACAGCCUCACUCCAACCCCCUGCCACUGCUCAGGACGAAGGCAAGGACGACGCCCUGGAAGACGGAGGAGAGGGGAUGAGUGGGGAGAGGACCGUGGAGCCGAAUAGGGAGGGCGGAGGGGACGAAACGAUGGAGGAUGAAGUGGAGAAAGAGGACCAUCCUCUAGAGCUGGCAGGAAAGCCCGGUCUGGGAGCGAGCGAGCCAGGUCCGGUAGCACCACAGCAGGAGGAGAGCGGGUCAGAACCCAGCCACAGCCUUCCUCCUCGUAGGAGCUCCAGUUCCACCAUGGAGCGCUACAUGGACCCCACCCGGCCCUACAAGUGCUCCGUGUGUUCCGAGUCGUUCACCCAGAAAACCAUCCUCCUGGUCCACUACAACUCCGUCUCCCACCUCCACCGGGCCAGGCGGGCCCAGCAAGACUCUGGCCCGCUGCAGACCGAUGCUCCUCGCGGCGCCGACCCCAGACCUUACCGCUGUAAGGUGUGCGGGGUGGGUUACAGCCAGAGCUCCACCCUGGACAUUCACCUCCGCUCGGUCCUCCACCAGUCCCGUGCCCGUGCAGCCCAGACCCAGGCGCCGCAGUCCUCAGCCCAAACCCCUGCUCCACCCUCGGCCCGGGCCGCAGCCUCUAGCCCCCUGCCCAGGGGAGGAGAAGAGUCUUCCAGGGGGCUCGGCCCAGCGAGCCCCUCCCUGUCCUCCCCAGCAGGCCUCAGCUCACGGUGUGACAGCCACGGGAAGCUCUCAGGUCAAACGGAGAGUCUCCAUGCCAAGAGGAGAGUAGCAGACCUGCUAGCGACCAGAGGCCAGCAGACGUUGAUGUUGCUGCAGCAGCAGCAGCAGCUAGCGCAGGCUCAGGCCCAGCUCCAGCAGCACACCAGCCUGCUCCAGUCCCAGCUCUUCAACCCAGCCCUGCUCCAGCAUUUCUCCCUGGGCCCCGAGGCGCUCAUGAAGCAGCACUUCAGCAUCAGUCCAGACAGCCUCCUCUCACUGCAGCAGCAGCUGCUUCUGCCCUUCUACCUCUCUGGCGAGCUGAAUCUCAGCCCAGAUUUCACCCCUAAAGGCCCGGAGACGAGGCAGACUGCCUCUGCCCCCUCCCCGGACUCGGAGCAGCCUCGUGGUGAAGCCAAGAGAGAGAGCCCUGCCCCGAACCCAACCGAACGUCCUCAGGAGCCCCCAUGUGAAGCAGCAGACGGCUACUCCUGCACGGACCAGAGACACGGAGCACCGAGCCCAGGGGAAGAGGGCGAAGAAGGAGUGAAAGUCAAGACUGAGAGAGAGCCAGAGGAGGGAGAGGCACGUGUCGGCCAUCUUGGCUCCUCGGUCAGCCGCGGUGACUCGAGCUGUCCUCCUCCCAGGGUGCCCUAUGCUGCUGUGAGUGGAGGGGCCUUCAGAGCUCUGUUGGGGAGCUUCGGCUAUGAGCUGGCCCUGCAGUACACCCAGGGCAUGCAGAGGACUCCUGAACAGCCACAAGCCGGGGGGCAGGAGGACUGUGAGAACAUACGGCUGGAGCGACAGUCGGAGGGCGACUUGAGGAACGGCAAACUGGAAAACGGAGAGACGGAACGUUGCCCGGAGGAGAGCGGGAAGGAAGCGGAGAACGGCGAGGUGAAAGGAUGUCUGGAGGAGAGGGAGUGUGGAGAAUGUGGGAAGCUUUUCUCGGAUUUCCUGGUGCUAAAGAGCCACCAGGAGUAUGUGCACAAGCUGCUUCUGCCUCCAACUAUGCUGGAAAGCUUUUCCAGGCAGUACAGAAUCAAGUAUGACCGUCUCUACCCGCUCACACACACCAUGUCUGUGGAGAAGGCUGCCCCUGCCGCAAGUCCAACUCCAGACCUGGAGACGGUCGCAUCCCCACCCAAGCCCCUGUCACACCCUGCCCCAGCCUCCAUUCCAUCUCCAGCCAAAGCCCUAACUCCAGCUCCUGCGCCAGCCACACCCUCUCCUCCUCCAUCACCUUCCCACCCAGAAAGCUCUCCCCAGCAGGAGGCCGCGGUCCCAAGCACCCCUUCAGACUCCUCUCCACCUGCACCCCAGCCCAAAGCUUCCAUACCUCUACCCCUCCUCCCCUUACCCAGUCUCCCCAUACCCCCUAUGCCCUUCCCCAUAGACCUCCCUCUGCUCUCCCCUGCUAUGAUGCAGUCCAUGGCACUCCAGUCCCAGGCCAUGCUCUCCACCAUGGACCCUGGCCUGAACUCUGACCUCACCAAGUUCUACCAAUCUCAGCUCAGCCCUGUGUUGCUAGGGCAACAACCCCAGCUAAGUCCAGCGUUGCUGGGACAACAACCCCAACUCAGCCCUGCGCUGCUAGGUCAACAACCCCAGCUGAGCCCAGGACUGUCAGGCCAAAAUAAAAGGGCGCGGACGCGUAUCUCGGAGGAGCAGUUAAACGUCCUGAGGCAGCACUUCAACAUCAGCAGCCUGCCCAGUGACGAACAGAUCAACAAGAUGGCCGCCCUGUCCGGCCUCCCUCACAAAGUCAUCAAACACUGGUUCCGCAACACCCUGUUCAAGGAGCGCCAGCGUGACAAGGACUCGCCCUACAACUUCAGCAACCCCCCCACCACUCCCCUGGAGAAGACCCGAGAGGAACCACCGGCUCUUUCUCAGUCAGACCCCCCACUGUCCCAGUCUCCAGCCCCCGCAGCCCAACACCCCUCCCAGCCCCAGAGACAGGAGACCCCCAGGGGGGAGCACCACAGGAGCCGCCGGUCCUCUCGCACUCGCUUCACUGAGCAGCAGCUGGAAACCCUGCAGGGGGUGUUUGAGGCCAGCCCCUACCCCAGAGAGGAGGAGUACGACAGGCUCUCUGCGCUGCUCUCCCUCCCCAACAGGGUCAUCGUCGUGUGGUUCCAAAACGCCCGGCAGAGAGCCCGCAAAACCCAGGAGAGGGGGAGCGACGGAGGGAGAGAGGAACGACCCGAAGAGGGGGCGAACAGGAACCGCGGAGACGGCACCAACAGCCAGAGAGGCCGCCCACGCAAGCGGGACCAGAGCGACGACGAUGACGAAGGCCAGUGCGACAGCCAGAACGAGAACUCGAUGGACCUCGCCUACGAGUACUAUGCCCACUCUGACUCCCCUGGUAUCACUCCUAUUCCCGUUGACCCCCACGCCACACCUCACCCUCCCCACACUGACAAGGAAUGCACUCGAGACGAAGUGGAGUCGAGCCUUCCCGGAGAUGCGGAUUUCAAAACCCCAUCUACAGCUGAGAAGACCCGAGAGGUGGAGGGUGAGGCCCUAGACUCGGAGAUCCGGUCACAGAGAAGAGAGACCCCGUCCGAAAAACGACCAAAGACUCCUCAGCUCGGCUCCGACUUCUCUCCCCAGAAGCCAAGCAUCACCUCCCACUCUGGGUCUCAGUCCAGCCCUGCAGCUCUACAGAGGUCCAUCCCUGCUCCAGCCCCAGUUAUCCCCCACUCUCCCCCACCAGCCCCAGCCAAGUUCUUCCCCCCUCCAGGGUCUCCCACAGAUUCCCACCCACCACAGUCCAAGGCCCAACCCCAGACCAAGGCACAAGCCCAGCCCCAGUUCCAGUGCUCUCUCUGCCCUACAUCCCUGCCCUCCUUCCAGCUGUGGCAGGAGCACCAGACCAGGCACCUCCUGGCAGCCCAGUCCCAGGUCCAGCUCCUCCACCCGGGCUUCAGCGACCGUCCUCCCCUGCCCUACAUGCUGCUCCACCCCAGUCAAAACCUUCUGACCAGCCAACUGCUCUCAGGGGCCAUGUCCCAGAUGCACCCUGGCCACACGCACCACAUGAUGUCUCACAUGAGCAGCGCGCACGCCAACCUCGCGCACGGCACCCACGCCCUCGCCAACCUGUCCCACCCCUCGCUUCCCUCGCCCAAGCAAGGUUCCAAAGUGGCGCCGGAGGUCCGACAGGGGUGCGAGGCGGGUUCGAGGGAGCGGGACGAAGAGCAGAGGAGGGACAAGCGCCAGAGGACCACCAUCACUCCCGAGCAGCUGGAGGUGCUGUACCAGCGCUACAGCCUGGACUCCAACCCCACCCGGGGGGUCCUGGAGGGCAUAGCCCGCGACGUGGGCCUGGGGAGACGCGUGGUUCAGGUGUGGUUCCAGAACACCCGAGCCAGAGAGAGGAAGGGCCAGUUCCGGUCUCUAGGUGCUGGUGCGGGGCUGAGUUUGAGUCACAACCACCUCCGCUGCCCCUUCUGCAGGGCUCUCUUCAAGGUCAGGAGUGCCUUGGACGCCCACAUAAGGUCACGUCACGGGGCAGAGGCCGAGAGGGUUGGAUACAGCCUGCCCAUGGGUGCUGCGCCCCUGGGUAACUUUGGGGAUCUGUCUAGCUACGCCUACGGGGAAAGGCAGUGUUCCUCCAUGUCGCCCUUUCUUCCCCCCAGCUCUGGGGCCCUCACCAACACCAGAGAUCAAGAGUCUGGCAAUGCAGCCCUGACCUCUGACUCUCUAGCCUUUGACCUGAACAACCAAGAGGGCGAGGACGAAGAUGAGGAGGAGGUGGACGAGGGGGCGGAGGAGGAGUACGGCUGUGAGGAGGGCUCCAGCCUGGCGGACCCCGCCUCCCCGAGUCCCGAGGCCUCGGGUGCGGCCACUUCCGCCUGGGGGGACAAGCCGGCCCAGCGGCACCACCACCAGAACCAGCAGCAGCGCCAGAGGACCCACAUGAGCCACCUCCAGGUGCUCCAGCUCCGGGCCUUCUACAGGAACCACCGCACGCCCAGCAGACUGGAGUGUGAGGCCCUGGGCCAGGACCUGGGCCUGGCACGCAGAGUGGUCCAGGUGUGGUUCCAAAAUGCCCGUGCCAAGGAGAAGAGGGCCCGGAGCCUGAGCAACGAGCCGGCCACAGGAGAGAGGGAUCAGAUGGAGCUGACUGCCCGGGCUGGGGAGAGAGACAGAGCCUAGGUAGGGUGCAUCGCUGCCCCAGACGAACAAGGCUGUCCCUCCUAACCCCCCCCUCCCCCCCAGCCAGUGGGAGCGACCUCCAUCCAUGCUGCCAAACCUCCAUCCUCAGCACCCCAAAGACACAAAACCCCAGAGGCCCAAAGAGAAGCGCUUUGAGCCAGCAGCAGGCACUUUCCCAACUCCCCCCCCCCCCCCCCCCCUCCUUUUUCCAAAACCUAAUGGAGAAUGUUCCAGCCCAGCCCAACUCCCCUACCAAGUACCAUUGUCACCAGCCCUCUCCCUACCCCGCCACCUUGCCAACUCCGCUGUUCAACCAAACCGACCGACCGGAUGCCUCCGAGGCCAAAGACCAUUGUACCAGUGUUUGACCUCGCUCCGCUAGCCCCAAGCUAUCCUCUCUACCUCUUCGUCUGCAUGGCAGACUUCCCACUCUCCCUUCAACCCCCCUUUCCUUCCCCCCCCCCCCACCCCCCUUUUCAAAGACGGCAUUGUCAGGUUGCUGUGUAGCAUUUAGGAGCAGUCCCCGCAAAGGCUGUCAAAGAGAUUGUCAAAGAGAUUUUAAUGUAAAUAUUUGACAUUGUUUUAAAGAAAAAAAGAGAACUCCCAAGAGUCAAAACUUGAGAAAAGCAAAGCAGUUAAAGAAAAAGAACCUUGAAAAUGGACUGAUGUAUUCACAAAGAGCUUUUGUAAAGACUGACUCCAAUUCCAAAGCUCGUAACCAAAAUUGUACAUGUCCGAGGAUUGUUUUUCAACAUGCUGGUUUAUUAAUAUCAAGCUGCAGCGCAUAUGUCUGUCCAGUGAUUGGGUGAGAGCUGAAGCUGGCAUAGCCGAGCACCAAUAGACUGUCAUGGUGCUUAAAUGCAGCUCCGCCCUCUCAAGCCAAUGAUAAGUCUUCUACUGUACAUGUACACUGUCUGUUCCUUCAGUCGAUCCUCCCAACCCAAAUAGCACAGAAAGCAAAGGCCAGUUUGUCUUGUACAGGGCAAGCUAUUUUUUUAAAGCACUCAACCAUAUACAUUGAAACUUUAACCAAACUCGACCCAAAAUUGUGUGUAUUUCGUAUUUGUUUCUUGUUAUAGAUCUUAUUGAUUGAGAUUAACUGUCAUGCUUCAAUGAUCCUUCGAGUCUGAAUAUGAUGACAGCUUUAUGAUAUGUCUAGGCAAGGGUUUGCCUGUUACUCCUGUUUGACUACCAAUGGCUUACUGAUGUAAUGUGAUUUAGUGUAAUGUCUUCUAUUCUCAGGUCAACAGCUCACCUGAUCUCUGUCACAAGUAUGUGGUCCUAAUAAUAUACAGCCUUCUGUUCUUUAAACAGCUGAGAUGUGACGAGUCCUUAGACUACGCAAGUUCUAUUACCUCUGCAAACCACCUCUCCAUGCCAGAGAUCAGGGCUUUGGACCUCUGAGAAAUGGGUUGUUACAUGAAAAGUGAUUAACUGAAUGGAUUCCACGGUGUGACGAGGGGUUAAUGUACAGUAUUUAGCUUUUGUAUGCUUGACUCAAGACUUGGAUGUUUUGAACAUUGGGCGUUUUUCUACUGUCUCCACAGACAGACUUGCCUCAGAAAAACUUUGGAUGUUAUUGAUGUUUAUGUGCAUUUAAAACUUCUCUCUCCCUCUAUCUUUUAUUUCUCUCUCCUUCUCUGUCAUCUGUUGCCAGUAUUAUAAUGACUGUAAUAAUGAUAACAAUAAUACUGUAGCUAAUACAAUAAUUAAUGCUUUAAGACAAGAUCCAAAGACGUAAUAAUACUUUAACCAUAUAGGUGCAUACGACCUACAAGAAAGCUAUUGUUUACUUGAUGAUGUACUGCUGUUUCUGGUGAAGGCUGGAGUCCCUGUAUCUGAGCUACUGUUAAUGCCUCUCAAUAAGCACACUGGAGACUGUGUAACCAAAACCCCCCCAACCCAGACCCCAGACCAAAACCUAAACCCACAGCCAGACCCCACCCAGCCAAACCCCCUCAAGAGCCAUUAAGGUCUGUAAAAUAGCGGUUUUACCUCCCUAAUAUUAAUGUAAUUUUUUCAAACUUUUUCUCUACCAUAGUGUUGCGAUUCAGCCCUUAAUAAGGAAGUCCAGUUUGCUGCUAAUGUACUGUAGUUAAUACUGAUACUGUAGAGAGAUGCAUGCUCUGUUGGCUUUACCACUAGGCUUUAAUGACGACAAACUAUAGUAAUAUACCUGUGACACUGUCAAUAACCUGCCCUUCUGUUCUGGUAGGCCUCAACUUAGUCAAACCUGCAGUUAUGCCAUCUGUCCUGUGGUAGAAAUGUGUUCGAGCUCGUCAAAAGACCUGUUUGUUUGUCGGAGAAAGAUGCUUCCAGUUUUCAGGAUAACUUGUGUUGAAGCAGCAGAUUAGAAACUGCAUAGUCACUGCUGUGACAGGUUUGACCAAGUCCGGCCCUCCUCCUUCCACUAGGCUGCUGUCCAUGUGUUGUAGCUUCCACGUCUCCAUGCUGGAGGCCCAAACAGACAGCCAUGGGGUACUAGCAGAAUGCAGAGCUGGUCUGGCACCACAGCUAGCCUUCCAAAGGUUGUUGACUGACUGACUCUGUUCUGUUUUUGCUCCUUAACAAACCAAUGUUUACUACAAUACCAAUGAUCUUACUUCUGUACAGAAAUGUGCAUUCCAAAUACCACAAGACAGUUUUUGUAUACAAAUUAUUUUCUAUUUCCUUUUCAUCUGCAUUCCCGGGGGUCUUAGUGACUGUAAGAUGUAAAUAUUGGGUCCUCUAGAUGAAGAGUCUCUGUUAUACUACUGUAGACCCAGCUAUUAACUAUGAUUUUCUUUUUUCUGGAGAUGUUGUUGCCAUAGUGAUGAUGACCAAAAAGAUACCUGUGAUGUGCACCUGUCCCUAUGUCUUGCUCCCGUGGUUUAGUGUGUUUCCCCUCCCCCCCGUACCCCACUGGUGUGUGCUUCUCCCCUCCCCCCCCUAUGCCACAGAGCUAAAUAAAGUCUGGUUUG